AUGUACCCACUCGAGAAGGACGGCCUCCUCCCCGCGCCUGCGCCCGUUCGCCAGGCUUCGCGGCUUGCUCUCAGCAAGAGCUUCUGUUUCCUCCUGGCUACUGUCUGCGCGGGCAUCGCGCUCUACAUACUCGGUCCACAAUGUCUAUCGAGGCAGUUUGUUGCGUCUUAUGGCGAGGUUACGCUGAAAGAGGUACUCUGCCCUCAAGAGAGUCCGCUUGUUCCUUCGGAGAGCGGCGAACUCUGGAAGGAGCUCAGUGAGACAUACGGAACCAAGGAGUUCUUUCUCCAGGCGGUUGAGUUGCUUGUCGGAGCAGUCAAGGUCCCGACGGAAAGCUUUGACAAGAUGGCUCCAGUCGGCCAGGACCCGCGCUGGGAGGUGUUCGCGCCAUUCCAUGAUUACUUGCUGGUCACGUUCCCGAACGUGCACGCGACGCUAAAGCUCACGAAGGUGAACACCUACGGCCUAGUAUACGUGUGGGAGGGCCUAGACGCGUCGUUGAAACCACUCCUGCUGACGGCGCAUCAAGACGUUGUCCCCGUUAACCCGGAGACCGUUGCCGAGUGGGUACAUCCGCCCUUCUCGGGCUAUUUUGAUGGCGAACGCAUAUGGGGACGUGGUUCGUUCGACGAUAAAAGUGUUCUCAUUAGUAUUAUGACUACCGUCGAGACAUUGAUCGAGAAGGACUUCAAGCCUGCGCGCACGGUGUUCCUCGCAUUCGGCUUCGACGAGGAGACCGAUGGAUUGCAUGGAGCGUCAGCGAUCAGCAAGUACCUGCUGGAGACGUACGGCGAGAACGCGUUCUCGAUGCUUGUCGAUGAGGGCGGCCUUUAUGGCGUCGAGUACGGUCAAGCGUACGCGACGGUAGGCACGACAGAGAAGGGGGCUGUGGAUGUACGCGUCGAAGUCGCGUCUCCGGGCGGACAUUCGAGCAUACCGCCGGCGCACACUAGCAUCGGCAUUCUCUCGCAACUGCUUGUGCACAUCGAAUCGCAACCGUAUAAGGCGGAACUGAAGCGUGGGACGCCAAUGUACCAGAUGGCGCAGUGCCUGGCGGCACACGCGCCCGAGCUUCCAAGCAAGGUGCGCAAGGCUAUUGAAAAGGCGGACAAAUCGGACAAGGCCUUGAAGGCGGCCGAGAAGGCACUAUUCACGGACAUCCGCUUCAAGGCGCUCGCGGGCACGACGCAGGCGGUCGACCUGGUGCAAGGCGGCGUGAAGGCAAACGCGCUGCCCGAGAACGCUUGGGCGGUCGUGAACCACCGGAUCGCGACAGACAGCUCCGUGGGCGCGACACAGGAGCACGACACGAAGCUGCUGCUGCACCUCGCGCGGCAGUUCAACCUGUCCUACUCUGCUUUCGGGCAGCAGAUCGGGGAUGCAGACGCGCCGGCAUACGGUACGCUGACGUUAAGCGACGCGUGGAACACGGCGCUGGAACCUGCGCCAGUUACUCCGUCGGCAGGUGGAGAUGCGGGGGCCUUCAGGCUACUCGCGGGGACGAUCAAGACGGUGUAUCAAGUACACAGGAAUGUCACUGAUGGGGAGACGGUUAUUGUCAGCCCUGGGAUUAUGUCUGGCAACACGGACACUCGUUACUACUGGCAGCUUACAAAAAAUAUAUUCCGUUACAGCCACUGGUGGACAGGGACCGAGAGCGGGCUCAUGGGUGGCACGCACUCGGUCAACGAAUUCAUCUUCGCGGACGGGUUCCUGGAGAUGAUCCGGUUCUAUACCGCUCUUGUUCUCAAUGCGGACGAGUCACAGUCGAUAUAG